UAGAUCGUGAUUGAUUUUUGUUGAGAAUUCCUCUAAACUUCCCAGCUGUUCAGCUGCACCAUCUGCAUUGCGCCUGUCUCAAUAUCUGAAUGCAUUUUGUAAAAUAAUUAGACGACCUUAUUUAGUCAUCAUGUCGACCACCGUGGAUGAAAGGCUUACAGACGAAAUAGAAGCUCUGGAAGCUAUAUUGAUGGACGAUGUAGUGAUUAAACGUGUAAGUGAUGUGCCACAUAUCAUAGAAACAGUAGUGCAUCCGUCUACAGGGGAUGAUGUUGAUCAGCAAUUUGUUUGUGUUACUCUGGAGGUGAAGUUAACGCCGGGUUAUCCGGACAAUAGUCCGGAGGUAAUCCUAAGGAACCCUAGAGGCCUGGACGAUCAGUUGUUGGCAACCAUUAAUUCACAAAUUCGAGAUAAAUUGCUAGAUUGUCUUGGUCAGCCUGUCGUUUUCGAAUUAAUUGAGCUGAUACGAGAAAACCUGACUGAGAGCAACCUCCCAAGUGGACAAUGCGUUAUAUGCCUUUAUGGGUUUGUUGAGGGUGAUGUGUUCAUCAAGACACAGUGCUACCAUCACUUCCACAGUCACUGUCUUGCCAAUCACUUAAUUGCAGGGAAAAAAUAUUAUUUAGAGGAACUUGAGAAAUUACCAAGUUGGCAACAAAUGCAAGCACCCCCAUAUCAGCAAACAUGUCCAGUUUGUCGCUGUCCUGUUUCUUGUGAUGUGGAGACCCUGAAGAAAGCACCUCCACCUGUAGACUCCAUCACAGCACCGCCAUUCUGUUUGACUGCUGAACUUAAGGCAUUGCAGUUGAAGAUGGCAGCACUGCUCGCGCAGCAAGUCGCCAAAGGUGGCGUAGUAGGAGUUGGGGAUACUGGACCACCACCACUUACCAUCACUUCACCAUCUGAUAAUGACAAUGAGGCUACAAACGGGUCCUCCAGCGGGCCACCGGAGAGUACCAAGGCAGAAGCUAUAGCUGGUGUUCGGCACAACGGGAACUCUUCUAAUGAUAACUCGUCGCCGGGCUCGCCGCAUUCUCGCCCAGUGUACCGCGGGCCUUAUCGGGGAUUUAACCGACGUGGCAAGCCAGGACGGCGUGGGCGCGGCGCAGCGGCCGGCCCGCGGUGACACCGACCCGCAGCCGCGCCGCCCCCGCCUCCCCCGCCGCCGCCGCCGCCCCCCGCCGCCUAGCGAGCCCCCCACCCAGUCCCCGCUGCCUCGCGACGUACGAAACUCAACCCUAUCUCCGUGGCAGGUAGUCUCUGUAAUGCACAACCAUCAGCUCCGACCGUUUCGCUCGGUAGCUGUUUCACCACGAAACACCACCCUACUGUUGCUGCAGAUAGUAUAAUUUUUCUAGAACUGGCCACUCUGAGUGUUUUGACUACCCUAUCCUCUACCUCGCGCCAUACAAAACUCAACCUUACCUCCAUGGUAGGUAGUCCCUUUUAUGUGAAACGACUAGCUCCGACCAUUUUGCUCGGAAGUUGCAAAUUACACGCCGUGCGCAGUAUGAUCUCGGUGGCUCUGUGUGACCCCGCGAAAGUGAGCUUUAUAACGAAUGCUAUAAAACUCGUUUUGAUGUUUGCGGAUUCGAGAGUCGUAUUAGUUUUAAAAAUAAACGUACCGAUGUUUUGUAAUACAGGGUCCCUUUAUGUUGUAAUGUUUGACUUACUUAGAAUCGACAUUGACCUUUCGAGACUGACGAUAUACCCUAAUUACUUCGUAAACGCACAUUGCACAAUAUACUACUCUAUUAUCAUAUUAUUAAAGUUCAAAUGUACCAAAAUAAUAGUAUAUUAUUAUAUCCCACGUUCGGACCACUUACACGCUGCCAACAGCAACCAACGAAUUUAUUUGCAAGUUAGAUACCUUUUUAAAAAUGUCAAAGAUGUGUGAUUUUGGUGUCCUUUCAAAUGUACUAUUUUUAGUAGGUUGUGAUAUUAAAGUUAUACUUUUUUGAAACUACUAAACGUAAUAUGUUUGAAAGGAUUAAUGGAAAUUUUAUAUAAAAUAGUUUUAGUUUAGUUUUUCAAGUAUUUUUUAAUUUAUAAUAAUGAAAUUAGUUUCAGUACAACCUUCAACCUCUGUCGCCUUUUAUUAUUCGAUAUUUAAAAUUUUGUAGCGUUGUAAAACGUGUUUUGUCGUUAUUUACAAAAUACAUCAUUUGUAUUUUCUACUCAACAAAUAAACAUGAACACAAAUUUCGGGUGACCAUUCACAAAGCUUUGUUUUAUAUUAAAAAAAAAAGUCAAAAAUAUUGUACAGGGUAAAUCGCAAAGGGUACACAAACCAAUAACCAAAUAUAGAAAGAACAGUGCUACAAUCACAAUUGAAUAACAGGAAACACUUUAUGGUACGUACUAUCUAAAUUCUUUAUCUGCCUAAACGAGAAAGGAUUUGGUGUUGGUAGAGUUUUGUUAUACAAGAUAAACAUUCAUAAACUUGACUAUCGACUCCGCAAACUGUCCUGUGAUCUGACUGUAAAGUCGUAUUCACAAUGACUCGAAAUGUAACAAAUCAUUAUAAUUCUUUCUGUGGAUAUGACUUUAGUUUUAAGAGCAUUUAUACCGAAGCUUGCCGAAGUGUGACAACGUUGGAACUAUCUGUCAAUUAUCAAUAGUAAUUGAACAAUUUUAAUAUUUUUGAUUGACUGAGUACUCUGUUAGCUACGUCAAGGUUAUUAUUUGUUAAUCAUGUAAUAAGUUUCUUAUUAACGCUGUCUUUGAAAAUUUGUAUUUUGAAUGCAAAAAAUACCUAUUUGAUGACAUAAGCAAAAUAUUAAGUCGGUAUUAGUGGUAUGAGAAGCUUAUACAUGUUACUAAACUUUUUUUUUUUCAUUUAUUUGGUAAAACUAACAGUGACAAAAUAAAGAAUAAUGCAUAAUAUUAAUCAAAGAAAACAUUGAGUAAAUUUGCCACCAACACCGUUUACCACAGUUUCGAUUCAAAUAUGAGAAAGACUCUGUUUUCCGCGCUUAGCCUUUCAUUUGGGCCGUUGUGCGUGAUAUACACAAGUCUAUACAAAGGUGACCGUUUUCCAGAAUUUGUACGACAGCGGCUAGUGGCAAAAAGACUAUUUGGAUAACGGCAAUGCACUCUAGUGGGUAUUCUAUAACACAACUUAUUGAUAAUUGGACUACAGUCAUGUCUAUUAUGACACAAAUCAUAUAAAGGCGUAGUUUCUAAAUGGAUACGUCUAUGAUUUAGUUAAAUAAUUUAUAUUUGUCAAACUUACACAUGUUAUUUAAAUAUGUUACUAAAUAAUAGUAUAAAAAUAUAUGACAGAUAUGGCGAGGUGACACAUCACUUAGUAAGUGCAGUGCUAAAUUAAUAAAUCUCUUAUUUGAAAGAUUACAUAUUUCAUAUUUUCUUACUGCAUUGCUUACACUAACAUUAUAUAUAUAUAUAUAUAUAUAUAUAUAUAUAUAUAUAUAUAUAUAUAUAUAUAUUACUCUAUAUGCAACUUUUUCAAUGAUUACCAUCUUAAUUUUCUACCAGAGAAUUCUUUAAAUCAGUCAGAAACAUUGAUAAUUGUUCAAUUAUUUACAAUCGAUUUAAAAAAAAAAACAGGAGGUAUACAAUUUCGAUGUUGUAUUUUUUUUUUAUUUUUAUUAUAAACAUAACUCAUAACUCCAUCUGUAAAUCGAUUUGAAAAACUCUUCUUUUUAUCUGAAAGAUAUACUUCCAGAAUAGGUCCAUAGUUUUUGUUGAAGUAUUGAAAAUUGGCAGAUAACUGCGGUGUUGACACAUUAUCGGAAAAUUUAGCACAUUGAUAUAGUAAAUCAGUGUUCUAUAGUUUUUUUUUAAUUGACUUAAAGAAAAGACUUAAAACGGUACGUGUGGCUUAUGGUAUGGGGUAGUAAUCGGCUGUGUGAUUUACAGGUUAUUGGGUUACAUUUAGAAUUUUUAUGAUACGUUAUUUAAAUGGUUCACUGCAAAUUUUCUAGUUGAUGGAUGUCUCGUCCAAAUUGCAUUCUUUUUUUAAAUUGAACUAUUGCUACAUAUACGUAAUACAAAUAUAAACCUUUCUGAUUAUAAACCGUUACCAUAGUGUAUAAACGCUUACCAUACUUGAACUGCAGUAGCUAAAGAUUUUUUUAAAUGAAAAUGAAACAGUGACUCCACCUACGCUAUCGAUACACACUGACGGGACACCAAUGAGGGAUGAUAGAUGAGGAUGAAAGUAAGUCAGCCCAUUGGUACGAAUUCAACAAAAAUGUACUACAAUAAUUUCCAGGGGGAAACGCAUGGAAGUCGAUAUAGGAUAUAUUUGUGGUGGGGGCCCCCUUAUGGUAGACGCCUCUAGGCGUUUAAAGGUUCUUUGAAGGAUAUUAACGAUUUCAAUCCAUGGGGCCAUCCAUAAAUUGCGUCACUCGAAUGUCGUCACGGAAUUUAGAACCCCUCCAACCUCUUGUCACAUGUCACACUACAUCGACCCCAUCCCCCCAUCCGCCCCAAUGUAUGGCCCCUAUUUAGACAAGUAAGUGUAGUCUUGCAGUGGAUUAUUUAAAACGUUUUUAAGGUACCUAAUACAAUUAAAAUUAACUUUAAUUUUUUAUAUUCGAUUGAACUAAAUAUAUAUCCAAUAGUUAAUUAGUCAAUGUCAGGUUAAUAUAUGAUAAUAUAUAACACAAAUAAAAAUUCAUAUAAGGGUGGGGCGCGGCACAAAAUAUAUAAUGAUAGUCAUUCAAUGUACUCUUAGCGUAAGACACAUUUCUGUGACGAAUCCUAGUCAAGCCCUAGUAUUCCACGUAAUAAACAUAACGUGUCAAAUGUUUGUACUCUUUGGCCAACUUAUUGGUUAUAUUAAAAAUAUAGUUACAGUCAAAAGUGUUAAAGAAAAAUAUUCUUUUCAAUUUUAAAAUAAAAAAAAAUAUAUUUCAAUUUCAAUUAAAAUAUGUUCGUAACGUACUUAGAAACAGGGAAAUCAUUUAAAGACCCGGUUGAACAAAAUGUUCUUCUAAUUUUUUAAUAAUUUCUCUAUCUGAGUGUCAUUCACUCCCUAAGAACCUAAGGACUUUAAUCCAACAGAUUAAUACAUUUAUUUUGUGGUAUUUUAAUAUAUUUUUAAAUACAAAACGUGCGAUAUUUCGUUGUCCAAAAAAGUACUGAACAUUUUUGAUAAAUUUUAGAAAUGAACAUUAUCACCACACGUCAAAGAUCGCAGAUCUUCCGCAAUGUUCGCCAAGUGUGUUACAUUAUAUAUUGUAUUAAAAAAUGCAGUGUGACGCCAGCAAAAAAUCCGAAACAAACGAGCGAGAAUUAGUUGCGCAUUUUAUUGUUGCGGAAGAUCCGCGACAAAAGUUUCGAUUAUGAUAAGACGCUAGCGUAAUUCGUUCUACCAUUUAUAAUAUGAAAUAACAAUAAGUUGUCCAAAUGAUAAUGUCGUCGUAUUUGUUAGUUAAAUAUAAUAAACAUAAAUUUAUUCCCAAUAAAUCUAUAACAUUUGCGGACAAAUUAUAAUUUUCAAUCACUUAAAGUUAUAUAAAAUAUUAUUUUUUUAAUUAAUUUCUAUACAUGAUAUUAUUAUGAUUUAUUAUAUUGUUGUACCUUUAUAUUUAAUUUUAUAUUGGUGUGUAAUUCGAUUAUGCAUGUUUAAAUUAAUUAGUUAUUCUUGACUUUAUUUUUGUUAUUACUAUACAAUUACUAUAAAACUAAUUAUAUAUGUAAUAAAUUUAAAAUCUACGUUAGAAUAUUGUCUGCGACUGUACAUAUAUUUUAUUUCAUAAAUAAGUUUGUACACACGGCAACGUUAUAACAAUAUACUGCCAUAGAGAUAAUGCACUUUACAAAUUAAUCUGUUCUUUAGCUACAUACAUAUAUAAUAAAAAUGACUCCGUUAUGUAAAUAUAUUAUGAAACUUUCCUAAUUUAAUAUAUAAUUAUUGCAUUUAUAAUUUUAAAUAAGUAUAAUUCGAAUUUUAAAAUAUUAUUUUAGAUUUUACGCUAUUCCGAAAUUCCCGCCAACUGAUACUAUAAUGGUUAUUGCCAGUCACUCAUUAUCUCUAUGACAGUUAUACAGAAAAAAAAACGCACAUUACAUAUACAAUAAUUAUUAUGUAUAAUAUACUUAAUAAAGAAUUGUAACAAAACUGGCGUAUGUUCACUUGAAAUUGGUUGUGUUUUGAAUUAGUUUAAUUAUUAUCAAACACUGUAUUUAAAAAUAUAUCUGUUAUUAAGUGAUGCCCGUAGAUUCGUCCAUGUAUAACAUGUGAAUGUGAUACAGUUUCCAGACUGAGCCAAUUUUAAAUUCUAACUAAAAAGUAACAGUUGGUUAUGUGAUACGCUGAUUGUUUUGUUUUUUUACGAUAUGUAUGAAAUACGAUAUCUAAACUAUGCAUGUGAUACCAUGGAUAAAUAACACCUUAAUUGAACUUAUAAAUAAGGCCACAUAUUGACUCCACUGAGUCAAUAUAACCACUAUUAUGUACCCAUGCUGUCACGUGCGUAGUUCUCAAGUGAAUGCUAAAUGGCUGAGCAAUCGGGUGAUUUAAGGAAUCUCACGCUUAAAUAGGUACGACACUAGUUUUUAUUAGUUUCCGAACCUAUAACUAAAUCUACAAUAUCUAUAGGAUAUUUAUAGUACUUAAUCAUUAUCUACAGUAUAAAGAAUUGGUUUUGCAAGCUCAAACACAUAUAUUACAAUAGCUAUGUUACUCAGGUUAUUAAUUAAAAAAAAAAUUACUUAAACGAAGUCGACCAUAAACACAAAUAAAAAAGUCUUUGUCAGUAGGCGAAGGAAAAAUUAUUUAUCCGUCGCCUAUUUUUUUUUAAUAUAUAUAUUUUAACAAGUUAUUGAAUUAAACAAACUGUAGAUUUGGUUGCAAGUUCAAAAAAGUAAAUUUCUUGCCAUUUUUAUAAUGUAUUCUUGAAAAUUAUUAUAUUAAUUUCUUAAAUUUUAUUUACAUUUUUACAUUCCAUUAUACCUUGUAUGUAUAUGAUUUUGUACUACGCGUUAUAUACAUGUGCAGAUGCUCUCUAAGGUCAAAGAUCCUAUUUGUAUAGCACUGAAUGUCAUUUCCUGUUUUUAUGUACUAUUUAGGCAAUCUACUUACAGUGUCAUUGAUCCUAUUUACAUAAUAAAUUGUACACUUAUAUCAAAGUGUAGCUUAAGAACUAAUUUUUUUUUUACUUAUAUUAAAUAAUCCCUAACUUAGAACACUAAAAUUUUUUUACUACGCUGUUUUUUUGCAUACUUAAUAUGUUACUCAUAUAUAAAAUAAGGUUAUUUUUUUUUACUUCUUGGCGUCUUAACUGCUAAAUCAAUCAUAAAAUUUGCUGUACAUGUACUAUUUGGGAUGAAGAAGGACAUAGGCUACUACUUAUUUGCUCCUAUCAAUCAACACAGUUGAAAUUAGGGAAAAAAAGUAUGUGUACUCUAUGUAUUUAUUGUGAUUUCUACCUAAAUUAUUAAUUAAUUAUUUACAAAAUUGUGCGGAAAAAACAAUGCGUAGAUAAAAUGAAAUUGCAGUAUCCUAGACACGACAUUAAGUUUUUUUUUUUUAAUUAUAUGAACAAUAUAGACUACAUGUGAUAAUGAAUGUUCUAAUCCGCAACAAGAUAAUUCUUUAUAUAAAUAUUCCUACAUUCAUUAAUGUCCUUAGAGAUUGUAUGCACUGUAUAGUAUUUUUUUUUUAUAUAUAUAUUCUGUAAAUAUUAUUUAGGCAAGCGACAGAGGAAGAUUUGGAAGGCGUAUCUACUAUAUAUCUACGUUACGUAGGUAGGUCACCUAUUAUUACACAAUGACUUAAUUUGUUAUUUAUUCAAUUUGCAACUAUUACAAUGUUUAAUAUAAUAUUAAUGUAAUGUAAUAAUUUUGGCUUUUAGGGUAAGUAAACCAAUUGGUAACAUGAAAAAAUAAUUUUAAAUACCGUUAAUAUUUAUACAUACUUAAUUUUAAUGAUAAGACCUCUUUUAGCUCAAUGUUUUUUACAUGUAAGUAUGAUAGAUUAACUUUACUCAUAAUAGUUUAACUCGCAUACAAAAAUGUUUACAUUGAAUGCAAAUGUAUCAUACAUAAAGUAACGGUACAUAGGAGAAGAAAACCCACAUAUGCAGGCGGUUUUAGGAAUUUAAUACAAUCCAAAGAGCAAUAUGUUGUAGGGAGCAGUGGUGAUAUCAAAUAAUGAGAUAGAAAUAUGAUUGGUGUAACUUGCUGGAACUGAAUAGGUUCCACAUUUAUCGAUGUAUGAAAGCGUAUUAACGUAAGUUCCAAACAUUUGUCUUGGGUUGAUGCGAGAUGCUGACAUGUUGUUUUUUUCUUGCGCCUGCUUUAAAUUUACCGAUAGAAUCGUUCACCGCUUAUCGAAAGCUGGUAUUAAGAUUUUUUUUUUUUUUACAUUAUAUAUCGUAUCAUGUGAUCAAUUUCUUUCUUUUUUUAUAUUAUAUAAAUCAAUUAUGUUUUCAACUUUCUUCUAGUUAAGUUUGUCUUUAGUACGUAGGUAUAUUCGAAUUAUUGAUAAUAAAUCCGAAUAAUUAACGGUGUUUGAAAUAAUUUUUCAAUGUUUCAAUAAUAUUUAAUUGUGCGAUUCAACAUCGGCGUUAUACGUGUAUCCGGUACAUUGUCAGUUUUGUAAAUGUAAUUUUGUCAUACGUAGAAUAAUAAAUAACAAAUAAACUCUUACCAAAGAC